CACGAAACACCUUGACUUUUCUUUUGUUAAGCGCUCCAAGUUUCUUAGGGAUUAAGAAAAAAGGGUGUGAAACAUAAUCGGAGAAGUAUGGAUCUCAAGACACUGAAUCAAUUUUCGCCGAUGACAAAGCUUACCGUUCCGAAACACAAAUUUAAGCAACUCAGGCGAGACGAGUUGAGAUGUUACGAACGAUCAAAACGAAAGUUUUCUCUUCAUGAUGAUGAAGAUCCUUCUUCGAAACGCAGAUGCUUAGAAUACCUGCGUGAGAAAGCAGACGACGUCGUUUUUGUUGAGCCUCUUAGGUUGAAAAGUAGUGAACUGUCAAUACGACAGCGUUCUACUAGUGAUGAAGCUCCUUCUCAGACGGUGAAACACAAAAUCUCAGACGAUGACGAGAUUGCAUACGAUGCCGUUUUCUACAAGCCUUGGUUGGAUAAUUUACGACUAAAACGACAGCGUUUGGGUGAUGAUGAAGAUCCUUCCUCUAAUUCUUCUUCUCCGUCUGAAGAUGAUAUCGCUGCUCUCAUUCUCAUCCAGAUUUCAUGUGAUAAACGGCAACCGCAAACACAAUCUCAAACGCAACCGCAACCGCAACCGCGGCCGCAAUCGCAAACUCAAACAACUCAACCGCAGACGCCGCCGAAGUUUGAUUUGUUCGAGUGUAGUGUCUGUGGAAAAGGGUUUCCUUCGUAUCAAGCUUUAGGUGGUCACAAGGCCAGCCACAGGGUUAAGCAGCCACAACCGCUUAUCGAAAACGCAGGCACAGACGCUGGAGAGAAAACGCGGUCAAAGAUGUUGUCUCCGUCUGGGAAAAUCCACAAGUGUGAUAUAUGUCAUGUUGUGUUUCCCACGGGACAAGCACUAGGUGGACACAAACGCCGUCACUACGAAGGCGUUCUCGGCGGUCACAAACACGGUAAUGACGAGGUUGUUCUCAAGUUAAGUCCCAAUAACAAUGGGAGCGUUGUAACAAAAGUGUUAGAUCCAGGACAGAGUUUAAUGGUAAGUGACAACGUUCUCAGCGGUCACAAUGUGUUGGAUCUAAAGCUGAGCGUAAGUGAAAGUGACGGAGUUCUCGGCAGUGACAAAGGCAGUCAGGACGAGGUUGUUCGUGACGAAGACAAGUGUAGUCCUAGUAAUGGGAGUGUUGUAACAAAUGUGUCGGAUCCAGAGCAGAGCCUGAGGAGAUUGAUCGAUCUUAAUAACCCGCCGUCACCGGAGUUUGAUGCAUCUGGAGGCGGAGACGUGGAGGAAGUUGAAAGUGCAAUGAUAUUAGCAAACAAGCCUUGACAAGAAAAAUGUUUUAUUCAA